AUGGUUAUGAAAAAUGUCCCCGUCUCUUACCCCGGCAGUGCUUCCGUCCCCGGCGGUGCUAGCAUGAUGAAGCUGACUAAAGGCCGGCAAAAGAUUGAGAUGAAGAAAAUAGAAGAAAUCAACAGCCGCCAAGUCGCAUUCUCUAAACGACGAAUUGGACUUUUCAAGAAAGCAUCGGAGAUCUGCGUCUUGACUGAAGCCCAAAUCGCCAUCCUCGUUAGUUCCCCCGGUGGUCGUCUCUUUGCAUUUGGCCACCCCAACCCCGACGUCCUGUUUGACUGCUACCCUAACAAUAACAACAAAGAGUACUCCACCACCAACAAUAUCACCGGAGCGGACACGGCAGCCACCCAGAACUCUACACCACCGCUGCCCAUGGUUAAUUUCAAUCAACAUUACAUUGAGGUUUUAAGGGAGUUGGAGGCUGAGAAGAAGCGGGGAGAGACGAUUCCAGUGAGCAGCGAAGGAUCAUGUUGGUUCGACGAGCCUGUUGAUGGGCUGGAUGUGGAGGAGGUUCGACAAUAUCUUUGUUCGUUGGAUGAGUUGAAGAAGAAGGUUUUGACGAGAGCUGAUGAACUGACGAUGAUCAACAACUCUUCUGCUGCAUUCGUUGGUUCGAGCAACAACUUUCAGCUGGUGGAUAUUCCUUCAAACACCGGAGUUGACGGUGGUUUAAACUUCCAGUACGGUGGAGAUUUUGGGAACCUUUAG